AUGCUAAGUACAUUUGUAUUUUCUAUUGUGACAGUUGUUGUCCUAUUUCUUGUGGUGGUUACAUAUUUUAUCUGCUCAUCUCUCCGGAGAAAAAUGAGAUUAGAACGGGUACGAAGCACAAGAAUGGAGCCUUUCUAUCCCGAGGCGAUUCCCGUCGAGCUGCCACAGCAGUACAUUCACCAACAAUGUGCUGAAGGCAAUGCAUUGAUCGACGCGCAGAACGAUAUUCUUUGCGGCCAGUCAGAGUUCUUUGAGGUGGUGACAACAUUGAGCAACAAAGACGAUAGCCGAGAUAAUUCAGGAGAGUUGGGAAGAAAUGAAGCAAGUAUUGGGGAGGCGGGUGGAGGCCGCAAUGGACGGCCAAAUCGUCGAAACUCUCCGCAGUCUGGAAAGAAGUUCUCAGCUGGCGAAAAUCCUUUAAGCCGGCCUCAGAAAGGGGGACAUAUUAUCUGCGAGGUGUCGCCAAACGGCCCUGACGGGUCCGAUCGAAUAUAUCUGCGUCGACUUCCCUCAACAAGGGUAUAUGGCCGCGCCCAUUACACCCGCAGUAACUCGGCUGGAUCGACGGUUUGGCGGGAAAAGGAAGAGGACGGGCCCAAUGUGUCCCACAGCGUAGACAGUACCAAAUCUGUUAUGCAUGACGAAGAUAAGAAGAAGAAAAACGAAGAGUAG